CACUUUUCUUUUCUCACUCAAAUCUUAAAAAGCUCCAUUUUUUUAAUCUCUCGCUCCCUCUCUUAAAGUCUAAACUCGAAAAGCAAAGUCCAAGAGACAAUAGACAAGAGACAAGAGACAGAGAGUAAACUCGUCCACGCGCCAGGAAAAACAACCAUGGCGUCGGACUCCGUCGUCAAGCAUAUGCCUAUACACGGCGUCUCCUCCGUCUCCGUCGAAAUCAAAAGCUUUUUCUCCGCCGUGAAACCAAGAAAAACCUCGACCUUCGUCUAUGCCUUCAUCGUAACAUUCGUUGCCUUCACUAUCUUCUUAGCCUUUGUCCCUUCUCCCAUUACUGUCGCUCCUUUAAUUUCUCCGUAUAUUCUCCCUAAUGUCACAGCCUCCACAUCACCUAACCCUUUCUUCGUCAAUUCCAAUUUCACUAACAACACCACAUUGCGAGCACCGGCGCCGGAAAAUCUCACUCCGGUUACUAAAAAUGUAACCUUUGAGUCUCCAACCGCUAAUGGAACAAAACCACUUGCUUUUCUGUCCCAAACCGAUCAUGCAGGGGAAAACAUGUCGUGUCCUAACAACAACAAGACUGCUUCAAUUUCGGACAAACAUCGAGCCGUGAAAAUACCUCUGUCUGACGAUCUAGCCGUCAAUUCCUCUGCUUCUCCGAUGAGAAAACAGAGUAGGAAGUCGUCGAUGAGACGAGAGAUCGAGACACUGAAGAAUUGCGACUUUUUCGAGGGAGUGUGGGUCAAAGACGAUUCGUAUCCGCUUUACAAACCCGGUUCGUGUAAUGUGAUCGAUGAACAGUUUAAUUGUAUUUCCAACGGAAGACCAGACGUUAAUUUCCACAAAUUGAAGUGGAAACCCAAGAAAUGCAAUUUACCUAGGUUAAAUGGAGGUAAGUUGCUGGAGAUGAUCAGAGGAAAAAGGCUUGUGUUUGUUGGAGAUUCUCUGAACAGGAACAUGUGGGAAUCAUUGGUUUGCAUUCUUAAAGGAUCAGUGAAAGAUGAGAGUCAGGUCUUUGAGGCUCAUGGAAGGCAUCAUUUCCGUUGGGAGGCUGAGUACUCUUUUGUCUUCAAAGAUUAUGAUUGCACUGUGGAAUUCUAUGCAUCGCCUUUCUUGGUUCAAGAAUGGGAGGUUUCUGACAAGAACGGGACUAAGAAAGAGACUUUACGGUUAGAUUUGAUGGGGAAGUCUUCCGAGCAGUACAAAGGAGCGGAUGUUCUUGUAUUCAAUACUGGACAUUGGUGGACUCAUGACAAAACUUCCAAAGGGGAGGAUUACUAUCAAGAAGGGAACAAUGUAUACCCGAAACUCGACGUGGACGAAGCUUUCCAGAAAGCAUUGACGACUUGGGGUCAAUGGGUCGAUAAGAACGUGAAACAAAAGAAAACUCUUGUUUUCUUCCGUGGAUAUUCCCCGUCACAUUUCAGCGGCGGGCAAUGGAAUGCAGGAGGAGCAUGCGAUGACGAAACAGAGCCAAUCAAGAACGAGACUUACCUAACGCCUUACCCUCCGAAAAUGGAAAUACUUGAAAGAGUUAUAAAGGGAAUGAAAACACCGGUUACUUAUCUCAACAUCACCAGGUUAACGGAUUACAGGAAGGAUGCUCACCCGUCGAUAUACCGGAAACAGAAACUAUCCUUAGAAGAAAGUGAAUCGCCAUUGUUGUACCAAGACUGUAGUCACUGGUGCCUCCCAGGAGUGCCCGAUUCUUGGAACGAAAUUCUCUAUGCCGAGUUGCUCGUAAAGCUCCACCAGCUCCGUGUCAACAGACGGCGGAAACCUAGAGGUUAUAGGAGUUGAAUACAUAUCUUCUGAAUGCAUGAGAAGAA